ACGUCGCACUUUAAGAUUUAUCUAAUUUCUUCUUGCAGCGAAUGAAACUUAGUAUUAGAUAUGGAAAAAUGAUUAUUAAAUAUGGAAAUUGUACGGUUUUGGCCUGUACAAUUUUUAUUAUUAUCUAAGGAUUUUAAGUCAAGUUUGUUAGUUUGUUAUAGCACCAUGGAGUGUGGAAAGUGUAAAGCCACUGUACGAUCACCAGAGAGUUAGCAACAUUAUGCUUCCAUGCCUGCCAUGCUGUCACAGUCAUCGCCUCAAAUUCGAUGGCAGGUGUCAGACUUACAAAACCUUAAUGACAACGAUGCCGUUAAAAAAGGACCAGCGGACGGCGAUAAUAAUGAAGAUAGUCAAAGCAAAGGAGAACAUGCAAGUGUCGUUGCCGCUCAUUACAACCACAUAGAAGACAAGGGGUUAAAAGAACGGUUUAAUUCUCCUAUUUUCUAUUUAAGGAACUUUAACAAUUGGGUCAAAAGUGUAUUAAUACAGGAGUACAUAGAUAAGGUAAAAGAAAAAGACUAUGGUAAAGCUUUGAAAGUUCUUGACAUUUGCUGUGGUAAGGGAGGCGAUUUAAGUAAAUGGCAGAAAGCUCGAGUAGAUCACGUCAUUUUUGCGGAUAUAGCUGAAGUAUCCAUACAGCAGUGUCAAGCUCGCUAUGAAGAUUUGAAGCGUAGACAAGGCCGUUUGUUCUCUGCGGAAUUUAUUGCACUUGAUUGCACUAAAGCUGGUUUAAGACAUAAAUACAGAGAUCCUUCUAUCAACUUUGAUUUAGUCAGUUGUCAGUUUGGAUUGCAUUAUAGUUUUGAAAGUUUGGGACAAGCAAGAAGAAUGCUUACAAAUAUAUCAGAAUGCUUAAGACCUGGUGGAUAUUUCUUUGGAACAAUACCUAAUGCAUAUGAAAUUGUUUCUAGAGCACAAAAAUCAGAGAAUAAUGCAUUUGAAAAUAGAAUAUAUAAAAUUAAAUUGUUGUUUGACCCUAGGAAUGGUUAUCCUCUCUUUGGUGCUAAGUAUGAUUUUCAAUUAGAAGGAGUAGUGAAUUGUCCUGAGUUUUUAGUGAAUUUUAAAUUAUUUGUAAAACUUGCAGCAGAAUAUGGGCUUGAAUUAGUAUAUCAAGCAGGGUUUUCUGAUUUUUAUAAUGAUUAUUCAGUAAAUUACAAACAACUGAUAGAAAGGAUUAUGUGUUUUGAAACAUAUCCUCCGCCACAUGGUAAAGAAUUAAUAGGAGAUGAGGUGGAAUAUGAGCAUGCUAAAGUAUUUUGGGACAGUAAUAAUUAUAAGACUGAAAAUACUCGCCUUGGUACUAUGAGUACAUGCGAAUGGGAAGUUGCAACAAUUUACAUGGCAUUUGCAUUUAAGAAAUGUAAAACUUCUUGGGAUGCAAAUGGAAAGCCACAAUAUAGUUCUGCAUCAAAAAAUGAAUCUGGAGGAGAGAAAAGUAGUCAAAAGUGAACAAAGUAAUACUUAGUUUAAUAUGCACUGAAAUACAGAUACUAAAGUUUAGGGGGCAUUGUAUUUACAAACUCUUUAAUGUGAUGAAAUAAUUUUUGAGUUAA